CAUGCGUGAGGUUAUACGUUGUUUUCUGUCUUCUGGGUGGAAUUGAACAAAAUUUUUUUUUUUUUUUUUAGAAAAAUUAUUCUUAAUAAAAGCAUUCGAGUUUAUAAGAUUGUUUAUUUAUUGACCAUUUUUUUCCUUACUGUCAGUAGGGGGGAAAAAAAUGUUAAUGAUAAAGUGCAUAUUUGUUCGUUAACGAUUUGGAUAUAUUUUUGGAUAAGCGUCAUUUAGAGUGAAAACAGAACGUGUCUAUAAAAUACAAAAAAAAAAGAUGCAAGUUCAAGAAGAAGGAGCUGAUGGUUCGCCGUGGAAUAAUUCCAGUGGUGGUGAUGAGGAACGAAAACCAAAUAUAAAAGAAGGAAAAAAAUCAAAUGUUUUGCCAUUAUGGGGCAAUGAAAGGAGUAUGAAUUUGAAUCCAUUGAUUCUUACAAAUAUACAAUCUUCACAUUAUUUUAAAGUUAAUCUUUAUGAAUUAAAAACAUACCACGAAGUUAUUGAUGAAAUUUAUUAUAAAGUAUCACAUCUUGAGCCAUGGGAGAAAGGCAGUCGAAAAACUGCUGGACAAACAGGAAUGUGUGGAGGUGUUCGCGGAGUGGGAGCUGGUGGAAUUGUUUCAACGGCUUAUUGCCUUUUGUACAAAUUAUUUACCUUAAGACUAACACGAAAACAAUUAAAUGGUCUUAUCAAUCAUCCUGAUUCACCGUAUAUUCGUGCUUUAGGAUUUAUGUACAUUAGAUAUACACAACCACCGGCUGAUUUAUUUACGUGGUACGAUGAAUAUUUAGAGGACGAUGAGGAAUUAGAUGUGAAAGCUGGCGGUGGACAAACAAUGAAGAUGGGUGAUAUUUUAAAACAAUUUUUAACGAAACUUGAAUGGUUUUCAACAUUAUUUCCACGAAUACCUGUGCCUAUUCAAAAAGAUUUGGAACAUCGUCUUGGUGAACGAUUUCCUCAACAAACGUCUAAUAAUCGAAAUGCAAAACCAUCGAUAACAUUGAAUAAUAGUAAAUAUAGUAGUAAUAGUGGUGGAAGAAAAGAUAAUGGAAGUUUAGCGAGAAGUCAACCGAGGCACAUUCCUGAUAGUGAAGCACAUUGGGGAGAGGCGGAAAGAGCGAGCCACUGGCGUGCCAGAUCGGAUGAGGAUCGAAGGGAUAAAUAUAGAGAACGAGAGAGAGAAAGAGAUAGGGAUAGAGAUCGUGGAAGAGAUCGUGAACGUGUAAGAGAUCGUGAACGUGAUCGUGAAAGAGAACGUGAUCGUGAUAGAGAACGUGAACGUGAUAGAAAUUUUAAACGUUCGUCAAGUCGGGAAAGAAUUCGAAAAUCAAAGGAAUAUAGACAACGUAGUAAAGAUCGACAUCGUGAUCGUGAUCGUUAUGGAGAAAGGUCUUCGCCUUAUGAUUAUGCAACAGAACUUGCGAGGGAACGAGAAAGACAACGGCGAGGCUAAAAAAAAAAGAGUUAAGUAUAUUGUGAAUAUACGCGUACAAUUAUUUCGAUGAAAUAAAAAAGCUAGAACCGAGCCAUUCUGCAUAAACUGCAUUCUGGGAGAGAUGAAAGAAAAAAAAAACAAAUGAAUUCAUGCUUCAUUAUGAAGCAUUAGCCUAAAUAUUAAUUUUAUUAUUUAGUGUAGUUAAUUUUUUUUUUAUACAAAAAAAAAAAUAAAUGACCGACCAUACACAAUAAAAACACUUUUCUUUUCUUUUUUUGUGAUUAACAAAAAUAAUAUAAGCGUAUUUAUCGUCAUUCUCAAGAGAAAAAAAAAUAUUGUUAUUUCCAAAAAUGAAAUAAAGGUUAUUUUCAAUAUAA